AAGCCUCAGUGCUGACCUGGCGGCCGUCGCGACCGCACCGGCCUGGCGACCAUGCGCCAGACUUUGUGACUCUAGUGUGUGAGUGUGUACAGCACAGUGCCCGUGCAUUAACCCCAACCCCUGAUAGUGCAAACCGGAUUUCAUAUUUGGAACGCCCCGCGGCGUGCAAAAAGAUUUACGAUGCUGAUAAGGAGGUGUCGGACGGCACUGAGUGUCGUCGUACUCCUAUCACUCGUCGCGCCUUCCUUCUCAGAGACCAACCUCUUCACGUGUCCAAAUGGCUGGGACUUAAAGGGACUGCAUUGUUAUAAGUUUUUCAAUAUCAGACAUUCAUGGGAAAAAGCAGCGGAAUUAUGUCGAAGGUACGGGAGCGAGUUGAUAGUUAUAGAUAGUUAUACAGAAAAUAAUAUGACUGCAAAUAUGGUGCCAUCUAGUCCUAGUAACAAUCACUACUGGCUUGGUCUUGCAACUGUAGAUGAUCUUAGAACUAAUACUUUGGAAUCGGCUGCUGGGGCAUUAGUAUCACAAUACGCAGGAUUUUGGGACCUGAGGCAACCAAAUCCCAAAGAUGGUGAAUGUGUGGAUGUUCACGUAACAUCAGAUAGCCAAUCAUGGGAACUAACAACAUGCGAAACACUUCUUCCAUUCAUGUGCAGAGCGAACGCUUGUCCUACUGGAACCUUCCAUUGUUCGAACGGCAGAUGUAUAAAUGCGGCCUUCAAAUGCGACAAGCAAGACGAUUGUGGAGAUGCGUCUGACGAAAUGGAUUGCGCUUCUGAAUGUCAUUUUUACAUGGCUAGUAGUGGAGAUGUUGUUGAGAGCCCGAACUAUCCUCACAAAUAUUCGCCCUUUAGCGAAUGCAAAUGGACACUGGAGGGACCCCAGGGACAAAACAUCGUACUACAGUUCCAAGAUUUUGAAACUGAAAAGUCUUUUGAUACUGUUCAAAUCUUAGUCGGUGGACGAACCGAAGACAAAUCUGUUAAUUUAGCAACACUAUCAGGAAAACAAGAUUUAUCUAAUACAACUUAUGUAUCCGCUUCCAACUUCAUGAUAAUAAAAUUUAGCUCUGAUGGAUCAGUAGAAAAGAAAGGAUUUCGUGCCUCGUGGAAAACAGAAUCAUCCAAUUGUGGGGGGAUACUCAGAGCAACGCCUCAAGGUCAAGUGUUAACAUCCCCUGGCUAUCCUAAUACUUAUCCUGGUGGUUUAGAAUGUAUGUACAUUAUCGAGGCACAACCUGGCAGGAUAGUAUCUUUGGAAAUUGACGAUUUAGAUUUAGAAAUGAAUAGGGACUAUAUUGUAAUCAAAGAUGGAAACAUGCCGUCUAGCCCCGUUCUCGCAAGGUUAACUGGAUCUGGUGAAGACAAUGAAAAAGUAGUUAUUUCUACUACGAAUCACAUGUAUAUGUACUUCCGAACUAGCCUCGGAGAUUCUAAAAAAGGCUUCAAUAUGAGGUACUCGCAAGGUUGUAGAGCGACUAUAAUAGCAGCAAAUGGAACUUUUACCUCCCCAGCCUAUGGUCUCAGCAACUACCCAAAUAAUCAGGAAUGUUUAUACAGAAUUAAGAAUCCGAACGGUGGUCCACUUUCCCUUAAAUUCAAUGAAUUCGCUAUUCACCCUUCUGACGUAGUUCAAGUGUUCGAUGGGUCGAGUCCAAGUGGAUUACGAUUACAUUCAGAUAAUGGGUUUACUGUCAAACCGAGAAUUACUUUAACAGCUUCAAGUGGAGAGAUGCUUAUUCGUUUUAUGUCCGAUUCAUUACAUAACGGAGCUGGUUGGAAGGCUACAUUUUCGGCAGAUUGUCCGCCCAUAAAAUCUGGAAUUGGUGCUCUAGCGUCUAACAGAGAUACUGCUUUUGGAACAACAAUAACAUUCUCAUGUCCAAUUGGUCAAGAAUUUGCUACUGGAAAGUCUCGAAUCUCUACGCAAUGUUUAGAUGGAGGAAAAUGGUCUACCACAUACAUUCCUAGCUGUCAAGAGGUUUAUUGCGGUCCUGUACCUCAAAUUGACAACGGCUUCUCAAUUGGCUCAACUAAUGUAACAUACCGUGGCGUGGCAACUUAUCAGUGUUAUGCAGGGUUUGCUUUUCCAACUGGCCAACCCAUAGAAAGAAUUUCGUGUUUGUCGGAUGGAAGAUGGGAGAGAACUCCGACAUGUCUAGCAUCCCAGUGUGUAGCACUACCUGAUGUACCACAUGCUAAUGUUACAAUACUAAACGGUGGAGGUCGAAGUUAUGGUACAAUUGUGCGCUAUGAAUGUGAACCUGGAUACGUUCGGACUGGGCAGCCGGUGCUGCUUUGUAUGAGUAAUGGAACAUGGUCUGGUGAAGUACCAAUAUGUUCCAAAAUAUUGUGCCCUGAGUUUCCUGAGAUUAAAAACGGAUUUAUUGUUGAUCAAACCAGAUCAUAUAUGUUUGGCGAUGAAGCACGUGUACAGUGCUUUAAAGGAUACAAGAUAAACGGUCCUAGCAUAAUCAGAUGUGGAGCUAAUCAAGAAUUUGAUGCAAUGCCAACUUGUGAAGAUAUCAACGAAUGUAUCAGCAGCCAAUGUGAUUCAACGUCCACAGAAUGUAAAAAUACUCAAGGUGGAUUUUACUGUCCCUGUCGGCCUGGAUUCACACCAAGUCUGGAUUGCAGGCCAGUGGGCGACUUAGGAUUAAUUAAUGGUGCUAUACCAGAUGAGUCUAUAACUACUUCCACGUCUGAACCUGGUUAUCAUAAAGGGAUGAUUCGGCUCAAUAACGGAGGAGGUUGGUGUGGAAAUAAUCUAGAAGCUGGAGCUAAUUGGGUUCUUGUAGAUUUAAGAGCACCUACAAUUGUAAGAGGAUUCCGAACCAUGAGUGUUAUGCGAGCAGACGCCAAUAUCGCAUUUACUUCUGCGAUAAGAAUUCAAUACACCAAUGAUUUAGCUGAUGUAUUUAAAGAUUACACUAACCCUGAUGGAACAGCUGUAGAGUUCCGCAUAUUAGAACCAACAUUAUCCGUAUUAAAUCUACCGAUGCCGAUUGAGGCACAAUAUGUUAAAUUCAAAAUACAGGAUUACGUAGGUGCACCAUGCUUAAAGCUCGAAAUUAUGGGAUGCGCAAGACUUGACUGCUCAGACAUAAACGAGUGCAACGAAAACAACGGUGGAUGUGAUCAAAAGUGUAUCAACACGCCCGGAAACUUCUCAUGCUCAUGCAAUAUUGGAUAUGAGCUCUACUUCUCCAAUGGAACGGCUGGGUUUUCUAUAGAGAAGUCUGAAACUGGUGAAAGAGAUGGUGACACAUACCAAAGAAACAAAUCUUGUGUCCCUGUUAUGUGCCCACCACUUGCCUCGCCUGAAAAUGGUCUAUUACUUUCUACAAAAAGUUCCUAUCACUUCGGCGAUAUUGUUGAAUUCCAGUGUAAUUUCGGAUAUGUUAUGUCUGGAUUUUCUUCACUACUUUGCACUUCAAGUGGAACGUGGAACGGCACAGCUCCAGAAUGCCAAUAUGCCCGUUGUGUUACAUUAUCUGAUGACAAAAAGGAUGGGUUAAAAGUGAUAAGAGAUGAUUCUGAAAGUGUUUUGGUGCCAUAUAGAGAUAACGUUACCAUUACUUGUACUUCUCCUGGUCGUUUAUUACGCAAUACUGCUACUUCUUCCUUUAGACAAUGUGUUUAUGAUCCAAAACCAGGUCUACCACAUUAUUGGUUUUCUGGUGCUCAACCCCAAUGCCCUCGUAAAGAUUGUGGUGUUCCGAUGCCGACACCUGGAGCCGAAUACGGCCAAUAUCUUGAUACGAGAUAUCAGAGCUCUUUCUUCUUUGGAUGCCAGAAUACUUUUAAACUAGCAGGUCAAACAAGUAAACAUGAUAACGUAGUGAGAUGUCAAGCAAAUGGAAUUUGGGACUUUGGAGAUUUAAGAUGUGAAGGACCUGUAUGCGAUGAUCCAGGCCGACCGGCAGAUGGGUAUCAAAUCUCGAGAAGCUACGAGCAAGGAUCUGAAGUUUUAUUUGGUUGUUCAAGACCUGGUUACAUUUUAAUUAACCCAAGACCUAUCACAUGCAUACGUGAACCAGAAUGUAAAGUUAUUAGACCUCUUGGUUUAGCUUCCGGAAGAAUACCCGAUUCUGCUAUUAACGCUACCUCAGAAAGACCUAAUUAUGAAGCCAAAAAUAUUAGGCUCAAUUCAGUUACUGGCUGGUGUGGUAAACAAGAAGCAUUCACUUAUGUUAGUGUUGACUUAGGGAAAGUCUACAGAGUUAAAGCUAUUUUAGUUAAAGGAGUCGUAACAUCUGAUAUUGUUGGCCGGCCUACCGAAAUAAGAUUUUUCUACAAACAAGCAGAAAAUGAAAAUUAUGUGGUUUACUUCCCCAACUUCAAUUUAACAAUGAGAGAUCCUGGCAAUUAUGGAGAGCUAGCAAUGAUAACAUUGCCAAAAUAUGUGCAGGCCAGAUUUGUUAUAUUGGGUAUUGUUAGUUUUAUGGACAAUGCUUGUCUUAAAUUUGAAUUGAUGGGUUGUGAUGAGCCCGCUGCAGAACCAUUAUUAGGUUAUGACUAUGGAUAUUCUCCUUGUGUUGAUAAUGAACCACCGGUCUUCCAAAAUUGCCCACAACAUCCGAUUGUAGUGCAAACAGAUGUCAAUGGAGGAUUAUUGCCAGUCAAUUUCACUGAACCAACUGCUACUGACAACUCUGGUGCUAUUGCUAGAUUAGAAGUAACGCCGCAACAUUUUAAAACUCCGAUACAAGUUUUCCACAAUAUGGUUGUACGAUACGUAGCAUUUGACUUUGAUGGAAAUGUUGCCAUUUGUGAAGUUAACAUCACGGUACCUGAUUAUACACCACCUAGAUUGAGUUGCCCACAAAGCUACGUCAUAGAACUAGUCGAUAAACAAGAUAGCUAUGCUGUAAACUUUAACGAAACUAGAAAAAGAAUAAACGCGACUGAUGCUUCUGGAGAAGUAUUCUUAAAGUUCAUUCCCGAAAAAGCUGUAAUACCGAUACGUGGCUAUGAAAAUGUUACCGUUAUAGCGUCCGAUAAAUAUGGAAAUCAAGCUCAAUGCCACUUCCAGGUAUCGGUUCAAGCCACACCUUGUGUAGACUGGGAACUUAUGCCACCAGCCCAUGGUUCUCUAAAUUGUCUACCUGGUGAUAGAGGAAUACAAUGUAUUGCAACUUGUAGCCCGGGAUUUAGAUUUACUGAUGGAGAGCCAGUCAAAACAUUCGUGUGUGAAACAAAACGUCAAUGGGUACCAACUGCAGUAGUACCUGACUGUGUUUCUGAAAAUACUCAACAAGCUACAUACCAUGUUGUAGCAGGUGUACAAUAUCGAGCUCUUGGAGCUGUUUCAAAUGCUUGCCUACCUCAAUACAAAGAUCUUCUAGCGCAAUAUGAUAACAUAUUAAAUGAACGUCUAUCUCAACGUUGUUCAGCCGUAAACGUUAACAUCAAUGUUACUUUCGUCAAAGCAAUGCCAAGUCUUCUUGAUGAAAAUGUAGUUAAAAUGGACUUUGUUUUGGCUAUAACUCCUGCUAUAAGACAGACACAGUUAUAUGACCUUUGUGGUUCUACGUUAAAUCUUAUUUUUGACCUAUCUGUGCCUUACGCAAGUGCACUUAUUGAACCUGUACUAAACGUUUCUUCAAUUGGAAAUCAGUGCCCACCUUUGCGAGCAAUCAGAAGUACAAUCUCACGAGGAUUUACCUGCAGCGUUGGUGAAGUACUUAAUAUGGACACUACUGAUGUACCUAGAUGCCUGCACUGUCCUGCUGGAACUUUUGCUGGUGAAAAACAAAAAAGUUGCACGAUGUGUCCACGAGGAUAUUUCCAGAACCAAGCACGACAAGGCUCGUGUCUUAAAUGCCCUCAAGGAACAUUCACCAGGGAAGAAGGAUCAAAGGACUUAAAUGACUGCGUACCUGUAUGUGGAUAUGGAACAUAUUCUCCGACAGGAUUGGUUCCAUGCUUAGAAUGUCCUCGCAAUAGCUAUACAAGUGAACCACCUCUAGGAGGAUUCAAAGACUGUCAAGCUUGUCCAGUCAAUACUUUUACUUAUCAACCAGCAGCAUUUGGAAAAGAUAAAUGUAGAGCAAAGUGUGCUCCAGGAACAUAUUCACCUACUGGUUUGGCUCCAUGCUCUCAAUGUCCGAGAAAUUUCUAUCAAAACUUAGUUGGAAGUACAUUAUGUCUGGAAUGUCCAACAAAUAUGAAAACUGUAAGCACGGGUGCUACAGGUUUAGAAGAAUGUCUGCCAGUGGAAUGUUCUAAUAGUGCUUGUCAACAUGGUGGACUUUGUGUACCAAAAGGACAUGGGGUUCAAUGUUACUGUCCAGCCGGUUUUUCGGGACGCAGGUGUGAAAUAGAUAUUGACGAGUGCGAAAGCCAGCCUUGUUAUAAUGGAGGAACUUGCAUCGAUCUUCCACAAGGAUACAGAUGCUCCUGCCCUACUGGAUAUGGUGGUAUCAACUGCCAGGAAGAAAGGUCUGAUUGUAGGAAUGACACAUGUCCUGAACGCGCUAUGUGUAAAGACGAACCAGGUUAUAAUAAUUACACAUGUCUAUGUAGGUCUGGCUAUACUGGCAUUGACUGCGAUGUUACGAUUGAUCCUUGUUCAGCCAAUGGAAAUCCAUGCAAAAAUGGUGCUACUUGUACAGCCUUACAACAAGGCAGAUAUAAAUGUGAAUGUUUGCCAGGAUGGGAAGGUCAAUUAUGUGAAAUAAAUACUGACGACUGCAUUGAAAAACCAUGUCUGCUGGGUGCGCCUUGCACAGACUUAGUUAAUGACUUUAGUUGUUCAUGCCCACCAGGCUUCACCGGAAAACGUUGCCACGAAAAGAUAGAUCUUUGCUCUAAUGGGCCAUGUAAACACGGAAUCUGUGUUGAUAAACUAUUUGUUCAUCAAUGUGUUUGUGAUCCGGGUUGGUCGGGACCAUCUUGCGAUAUUAAUAUUAAUGAAUGCGUUAUUUCACCAUGUGAAAAUGGAGGCCGUUGUAUUGACAGUAUCGAUGAUUUCACUUGUAGUUGUGAACCUGGAUACACUGGAAAACGAUGCCAGCAUACUAUUGACGACUGUGCUUCCCAACCCUGCCAAAAUGGUGCAACAUGUACAGACCAAAUAGAUGGAUUCACAUGCAAAUGCCGACCAGGGUUUAUUGGACUGCAAUGUGAGACAGCUAUUGACGAAUGCUUGAACGAGCCUUGUAACCCAGCAGGAACUGAACGCUGUAUAGACUUGGACAACAAAUAUCAAUGCGUAUGUCGUGAAGGCUUUACUGGAGAAAUGUGUGAAACUAAUAUUGACGAUUGUGCCUCAGAUCCAUGCUUCAACGGUGGUUCUUGCAAAGAUGAAAUAGGUGGCUAUAAAUGUGGUUGUCAGCCUGGAUGGACUGGAAAACGUUGUGAACGUGAUAUUGGAAAUUGUGUUAAUUUACCUUGCCAGAAUAAUGCUAAAUGUAUCGAUCUGUUCCAAGACUACUUCUGCGUAUGUCCGAGUGGAACAGAUGGAAAACAAUGUGAAACUGCACCAGAACGUUGCAUUGGUAGCCCAUGCAUGCAUGGUGGAAAGUGUCAAGAUUUUGGUUCUGGCCUUAACUGCACAUGUUCGCUAGAUUACACAGGCAUCGGUUGUCAAUAUGAAUUCGAUGCUUGUGAAGCUGGCCUUUGUAAAAAUGGAGCAACGUGCAUAGACGAAGGAGACGAUUACUCUUGCACAUGUGCCCCAGGAUUUACAGGAAAGAACUGCGAUGAAGAUAUCAUCGACUGUAAAGAAAAUUCAUGCCCUCCAUCAGCAACCUGUAUUGAUUUACCUGGACGAUUUUACUGUCAGUGUCCUUUCAAUUUAACUGGUGAUGACUGUAGAAAAUCUAUCAGCGUAGAUUACGAUUUAUACUUUAGUGAUCCAUUACGCUCAAGCGCUGCCCAAGUAGUACCAUUUAGUACAGGAUCAGCUGACAGUCUUACUAUUGGGAUGUGGGUUCAGUAUACACAACAAGAUGAAGGUGGUAUUUUCUUCACGGCUUAUGGUGUAAGCAAUUCAUAUAUCGCGCUUAAUAAGAGAACAAUCAUACAAGCUCAUUCCAAUGGUGUACAAGUAUCUCUUUUCCCUGAACUUCAAGAUGUAUAUCUAAGCUUUGGUGAAUAUGCAACUGUUAACGACGGACAGUGGCACCAUGUUGCUUUAGUAUGGGAUGGAAGCAAUGGAGGUGAAUUAACACUCAUCACAGAAGGUUUAAUUGCCAGUAAACUAGAAGGAUAUGGCAGCGGGAAAACACUACCACAAUAUGUUUGGGUAACGCUGGGAAAACCACAAUCGGAUAAUCCAAAAGCUUACACUGAAGCAGGCUUCCAAGGACAUCUAACUAAGGUGCAGAUUUGGAAUCGUGCCCUUGACGUAACUAAUGAAAUACAAAAACAAGUUCGCGACUGCAGGACUGAACCGGUCUUAUACAACGGCUUAGUACUCACAUGGACUGGAUAUGACGAUACCAUUGGUGGAGUAGAGAGAAUCGUUCCAUCGCAUUGUGGACAAAGGGUUUGUCCAAAUGGCUAUACCGGUACUAAAUGCCAACAACUUCAAGUUGACAAAGAAGCACCAAGAGUAGAACGUUGUCCUGGUGACCUGUGGGUUAUUGCUAAAAAUGGAUCCACAAUUGUCAACUGGGACAUGCCAGCGUUCAGCGAUAAUGUAGGAGUUACGAAAGUUGUUGAAAAGUCUGGUCACAAACCUGGUCAAAACCUCGCCUGGGGAGCGUACGAUAUUGCAUACAUUGCUUACGACAGCGCAGGAAAUGCUGCCACGUGUACUUUCAAAGUUACUGUUUUGUUUGAAUUCUGUCCACCUUUACCUGACCCGCUCGGAGGAUAUCAAUCUUGUCGCGACUGGGGUGCGGGCGGGCAAUUUAAAGUAUGCGAGAUCGCGUGUCGAGAUGGCUUGAGAUUUUCACAACAAGUACCACCUUUCUAUACUUGCGGAGCUGAAGGAUUUUGGCGUCCUACAAAUGAUCCAUCAUUACCACUUGUUUAUCCAGCAUGUUCCCCUGCUUCGCCCGCACAACGUGUGUUCAAAAUAUCAAUGCAGUUCCCUAGCUCAGUUCUUUGUAAUGAUGCUGGACAGGCUGUGCUUAGACAGAAAGUGCGAAGUGCUAUCAAUCAACUCAAUAGAGACUGGAACUUCUGCUCCUACGCUGUUGACGGUACGCGGGAAUGCAAGGAAUUGGAUAUCAAUGUGAAAUGCGACCACAGAGGAAAUGUCCGACAAACAAGACAAGUAUCGUCACCGCCAACUGCAACAUCCAAAGAUACAUAUGUUCUGGAUGCUAUAAUACCAGUGGAGGAGACGAGGGGCAAUCGAGAGGGCCGCCAAAUAGGGGAUACCUACAGUAUCGACAUCUCAUUCCCAGCAGUUAUCGACCCAGUAAUCCACAACGGUAACAACGAACGCUCUACCGUAAAACGAUUACUGGAGAAACUUAUACUCGAAGACGAACAAUUUGAUGUACGAAGCAUUUUGCCGAACACCGUCCCAGAUCCGGCUAGCUUGAAACUCGAAUCCGACUAUGCUUGUCCAAUGGGACAGGUUGUCAUGGCGCCAGACUGUGUGUCUUGCGCUGUGGGCACCUACCUUGAUGCAGCAAGCGACUCUUGCAAACCUUGUCCUACUGGGACCUACCAAUCUGAAGCCGGUCAAUUACAAUGCACGCCGUGUCCAGCUAUCGCGGGACAGCCAGGAGUUACUCAGGCUUCUGGUGCCAGAAGCGCAGCUGAUUGCAAAGAAAGGUGUGCUGCCGGCAAAUAUUACGAUGCUGAGGCGGAUCUAUGCAGACCCUGUGGCCACGGAUCAUACCAACCACGAGAAGGUGCAUUCUCUUGCAUCGCCUGUCCAAGAGGUCAAACGACACGCGCCACCGAAGCGGUAUCCGCCGCUGAAUGCAGAGAUGAUUGCCCAUCAGGCGAGCAGCUGAGCAGCGAUGGUGGUUGUGAACCGUGCCCUCGAGGCACUUGGCGAGCUACGGGGUCCGGCGCGUCGUGCGCGCCGUGCCCGCCCGGCACCACCACGCCCCACCCUGGCGCCGCGUCUCCCGACCAAUGUUCAUUACCAGUCUGCAAGCCAGGUUCUUAUCUCAACGUCACCCUCAAUACCUGCAUACAAUGCAGGAAAGGAACAUACCAGUCGGAAACGCAACAAACGCUAUGUAUUCCAUGCCCUAUUAACACAAGUACGAGAGGACCUGGAGCGGUAUCUGAAUCAGACUGCACAAAUCCAUGUGAGAUGAGUGGCCCCGACAUGCACUGCGAUACCAAUGCCUACUGCCUUCUCAUACCUGAAACUAGUGAAUUCAAGUGUCAAUGUAAACCUGGUUUCAACGGCACUGGAAAAGUUUGUAUAGAUGUAUGCCUGGGUUUCUGUGAGAACGGCGGGGAGUGUGUGAAGGACCAGAGAGGAGAGCCGACCUGCAGGUGUGCGGGCUCCUUCACUGGUCGUCACUGCAAAGACAAGAGCGAGUUCGCAUACAUCGCCAGUGGUGUCGCAGGCGGUGUCAUCUUCAUCAUAUUCCUUGUGCUGCUUGUUUGGAUGAUUUGUGCCAGAUCGACGAAGAAGAGAGAACCAAAGAAGACGCUUACGCCAGCUAUAGACCAAAACGGAUCUCAAGUCAACUUCUACUACGGAGCGCAUACGCCAUACGCAGAAUCCAUUGCGCCGUCGCACCACUCUACCUACGCGCAUUAUUAUGACGACGAAGAAGACGGGUGGGAGAUGCCCAACUUUUACAACGAAACGUAUAUGAAGGAGAGUUUGCACAAUGGAAUGAAUGGCAAAAUGAAUAGUUUGGCGCGGUCAAAUGCCAGCAUAUAUGGAACAAAGGAAGAUUUAUAUGACAGAUUAAAAAGGCACGCGUACCCUGGUAAGAAAGAUAAGAGUGACAGCGACAGUGAGGGUCAAUAAACAUGGAGGAGGACUACGUUUUGUCGCAUUCUGGUCAAACUUACGUAAUACUUUAUCGUAUUAGGGUCAACUCUCGGUAAUUUUUCAAAUAAAAUCAGUGUAAAAUAUACGUAAAGAAUUUACUUUCUUUAUUUGUGUAGGUAAUCGAUGUGUAUAGAUAAGCUCUAAAAAGUCGCUCAAAAAAACAAACUGAUUUGCUAAAUUAUUCUUAAUCCUAUUUAGUCCACAUGGCAAAAAA